UCGAAGCGAGUAGAGGUGCAUCGACUGGUGCUUAGCUGAAAAUGGAAUCGAUUGAUACGAAGGAACCGCGCAGAGAAAAAUUUGUGUAUCACCUGGAAACAUGUUUUAACACCAUCAACCAUAUGCUGAUAGGGUAUGUCACGUUCUAUCUGUCGUACUACUCCUACAUAAGAGGCUUUGGAAAACUGUUCACAUGGCACAUUUUCUUGUGUUCCGUCGGAUACCAAUUCUUCAUGGCUGAGUCACUGUUGACACUCUACUCGCAAAACUCGUGGACGAAUCGCUACUCAUCAAACACCAAACGCCAUUGGCACUGGAUUUUGCAAGCGAUUGGCUGUACGGCAAUUUUGGUUGGCAUCGUAAUUGAAAUCUACAUAAAAGAGGAUGCCGGACGAAAACACUUCCGCUCGGACCAUGCCAUCACUGGCCUUGUUUCACUGAUCUUUAUUGGAUUAUCGUUUCUGAAUGGUAUCGCAGCGAUGUACACCGUCAAGAUUAAGCACAUCAUUCGACCGGUUUACGUGAAGAUGUGCCAUUACCUGACCGGCAUCGUCGCAUUCGUUAUCGGCGUUACUUCUUUGGCCCUAGAGUACACACCGCGCAUGAUAUCGUUGCAGCACAAAAAUAUGCUUAUCGCAUUCACCACCAUUACGACGGCGCUUACACUGGUCGGGGUUUGCAAAACCAUGUUCAAUCAGUUUAGAAAUUUAUGCAAAUCGUAAAAAAUGAGGCAAGCAACAUCUGGGGAAAAAAACAACACGACCAAAGAUUAUGUU